AUGCGAUUGGGAGGCCGAAGUCACAAGGAUUCGGGCGGCACCGAGCAGUGGCGGCACUCCGUCAAAGUCUUCAAAUACCCACGCUACAACGAGACCAACAAGGACGGUGACCUGAUGCUCAUCAAAUUCCUCCUCCCCGUCCACGUCAACAAGGAGGUGAAGCCGUUACCGCUGGCUUCCCGUUGUCCCACGCCGGGCAAGACCUGCCAAAUCUCGGGUUGGGGGUCCACCACCAGCCCUGAAGUCACCUUCCCUGAGGAUCUCCACUGCACCAAGGUCACCAUAGUCUCGGAGGAGGAGUGUCGGCGGAUCUACUCCGACUCCAUCACCACCAACAUGGUGUGCGCGGGCGAGUUUCGCAGUCGGGCUGACUCCUGCCAGCAUGUCAUCGUCUCUUGGGGUCCAGGCAUCUGCGGGGACCCCAAGAAACCCGGUGUCUACGUCAACCUCUGCAAAUACACCCGAUGGCUCCAGGACACCAUGAGAAGGAACUGA